AUGGAGGUCCGGAUGCGCUGCCUGUGGCUGGCCAUGGCCAUGGCGGGAGUGAGCGUGGCAGGGGUGGGAUCGAGGUACUCGCUCCUGGCGUCCGAUGAUGCAGCUCGGUGGGAGGAGAGGGGAAGAGAAGCGUCGGGAUCGAAGAUAGCUCACAGCGCGACGGGUCUUGCUGACCUCUUUCAUGCUCAUGUACCAGCUACUUGCUCCUGGAACGAAGAGGAUAGAGCGAAGAGGAACGCUCCCGAGGUGGUUUCUGGUGGGAUCGGAGUUGGAAUGCAGGACGAGCGCAUGAUAAGUCUACUGCCUCCCUCUAGUGCUGAAGGAAUGCUUGCUAGGGCCCUGUUGGAGGAGGUCCGAGAGGCUACCGACGCUUCACUUCGUCGGAACUCGCAGGAUCUGUUUGAGCAGGUCAACCUGCUGUACCCAAAGCUGUUUCAAGUGCUGAUGAUAGUCGGACACGAAUCAUUGCGGCAAGGUCGUCUAAGUGCCAUCUCAUCGUUUCCUUCCGCUCACACCUUGGACAAGGAUGCGAUCGAGCUGCUCGGAGUUACACUGCAACACCUGGGGUACAACGAAUGCGCCAUCAGGACUCAUCGCCAUGCUCUGUCGCUUUCGCCAAACAGAACGCUGCCAACCCUCAACCUCGGUCUCCUCUACCUGCACAACGCUCAGCCGAAGGAGGCAAGCAGGUGGUUGUCGUCCGCGUGCUUGCUAUCAUGUACAGAUGUGAAGUCUCUCGAUAUCUGUGGGCCUGCCAUUCAGGGACUGGCUUCUUCGCUCGCUCUUGUGGAGGAUAACGAGCAAUCUCUCCGUUCGUUCUUGUUCUGCGCGAGGCUUCUGCAUUCUAGCCCUUCCUCCUCCAUACGGGAGAUGAAACGUUACGACGAGUCACUGCGGUUGUGGAUGCCGCAGCCUUCCAUGGAAGACAGGAGGGCGGGCAUCUGCAGUCUAGAGUUGGCCCUGUUAGCUCAGAUGUUGGCUGAAUGGGACUUGGAGCGUGUGAUGCGCGACCGAUCUCAGCGAGUGUUACGUGAAUCCAUCAGCCAUGCUUCUCACCAACUGCCAUCAAAGUCGGUGAACGCGAUUCUGUUCCUUGGCGUCUCAGAAGACCUCGAUGUCUCCGUGAUGCGGCGACUUUCAUCAGAGUCAGACAAGGAUGUAAACAUAUCGAGACCUUACACGUUGAGCUCUUCUGACUGCGCUGGACUAUGUCAGCUCGCCAAGCAAGAUCUGGAAUGGAGAGAGAGGAUUGUUUUCACCGGAAACUUCCAGCGUUUGAGACGACAGUCAAGACUGAAAGUGGUCUACAUGAGCUCGGACUUCGGACAGACGGUCAUGUUGUCGUUCAUGGCGCAUGCCAUCGCGCUGCAUGGGAACAAGACGUCAACCGACUCAUUGCACAUCACCUGCCUGUCGCUGAAUGGGGGAGGACACGAGCAGAGCCCUUGGCGUCGCCUCAUACAGAGCUCUGCUGUCGGGCUCCAAGUAAAUGAGGAGAUGGAGGACAGAGAUGAUAGCGAGGUUGCAAGGUGGAUCAACGAGCAGCAGGUUGGGCUGGUCGUGUAUCUUGACGGCCACAACCACGGGAACAGGAUGUCAGUGCUGAGAAGAAAGCCUGCCCCCCUCCAAGUGUCCUAUAGAUUCUGCACCACGACCGGAUCGUCGUUCAUCUCCCACUACAUCGGGGACAGAGUAAUGUCGCCGGUCGAGUACGCCGAUAGCUUCUUCUCGGAGAAGAUGGUCUACCUGCCGGGCAGCUACCUAGCCAACACGCUGAAGGUGAAAUUUCCGGAUGUUCCUGCGCAGGAGGUGGAGGAUCGAAGGCAGGAGAGACGAGAUGCAAGAAGAAGACACGACGUGCCCUUAGAUUCCAUAGUGCUGGCUUGCUUCAACAGGAUCCAGAAGAUCGACGAAGUGACCUUUGAGACCUGGAUGAGAAUUCUUGAGCAAGAAAGUAGGACUGUCCUUUGGCUAAUUGAAUUCCCGAAAGAGGCUCAGCGUCGCAUCAACCAGCACGCGUCGAGAAGAGGUGUUGACCCUCGUCGGCUCAUAUGGUCCCCGAUGGCAGCAGAAGAAGAAUUUAUGCACAUGGCCGCAGCUGCUGAUCUCUUCCUCGACACUCCACGAUGUUCAUCCUCUUUCUUCGCAUCCUCCCCUCCUCACAACUUCCAGGCAACGCUCACACAACUGCUUCCUACUCCCUUUGGGCUUCGACUCCUGUUCUCACCCUCUCCCUCCUCCGCCCUGUCGCUCGCGUUGGCAGCUCUCUGUCCCUCGCAGCAGGGCCCCAAGCCGCUGCCUUCAUUGGUAAGAAAGAACGGACAGAAGGAGUGGGUGCAGGAAGAGCAGCAGCAGCAGCAGCAGCAGCAGCAGCAGCAGCAGCAGCAGCAGCAGGGUGGCAGAGCUGAGGAGCGAGGAGCGAGGAGGAGGAGGAGGAUAAUGUUGGAUGCAGCUCGUAACCUGGAAGACUACGCGAGCCUGAUGAGAGUCGCGAUCAAGCAACGAACAUCUCUAGGUACACCUCCUCCAUUCCGCUCCAUUGCUCGCUUCUCACAGUGUGUCGUGCUGCUUGUGAUCUGUUGGCUACAGAGCUGGUGA